UUCAGCCAUAGUAAACAAAACGAGACGUUCGGUUCGCUGCGCAUUUUUAAUGCAAUAAAAGCGAAAGGCAGGCCGAAAUCACGCAACUGCCGUUGCAAUACCUUUUGUGGCAUUAAAUCCGUAGUUCCGCGAUAUCCAUUCAAGCCCGACUCCUUGUUUUCCCAGUGCGUUUCUAUCUCGCAGUUGUGGAAAGAAAAUUCUGCGUAGCAAACAAACCGGUCGGUGCUCUUGUACAUACAUUGUAUAUACACUAUACACACAGACAAGUUCAGACGCGUACAUGGCCGAGGAAAAAGCGUCGCAGUGCAUUUUGUGUGGCAAAUUAAUUACGCCGAGGGCCUCGAAAAGCGGUGUUUGCCAGCCGAACUCAUAAUUUUUGGCGUCCAUAUGCCAACGCUCUGCCCGGCCUCUGCCGAGCCUCUGCCGCGGGGGUGAGGGUGCGUCCAUGUAAGCCUGCAUCUGCGUGCGUGAGAGUGUGAGUGCGAGUGUAAAGGUGGUGAGGUGAGCUCAAACUUCGCGUAUUGUGAAUUGCCGUGCAAACACACACACACGCAAGCAAACAAAAAAACCGCCCGCCCACAGAAACAACAACUACAGCUAGUGUUCCACUUUCGACUGUCCUGAUUUCCCUGCAGUGCAGCUUCUUUGCGGGCGUGUUCCUCGUCCUGUCCCAAUUUCUGCGGAGCAGAAUCGUCGAUCAAAGGACUUUGAGCUGGGACAUUUGCAGCAUGCUCGGGAGCUGGAGCUGCGACAGAAGCUCUUCGCUCGACUUCCCGAUGCACCCCGGACAUUGAUCGCUGGCUUAGAUGCGUUAGCCUAGGACAGCACAGCGCCCAGAUGUCGUCGAGCAACGGUGGCCUUAGCAGUGCCACCAAUGGCCGCAGCGGCAGCACCGGCAGCGCCAACAUCAACCUAAAUCUCAAGGGGCAGGAGAGGUCUGUGGGAGCGACACUUGGGGCUGGUGGUGCAUCAGGUGCCACUGCCACGUCAAUUACACACAAAACACUGCCGGACCUGAAGACGCAGAGGAGCAAUAGCGCCUGCCACGCCCACGAGUCGCUAACCGCCCUACGUCGCAUCGCGCUGCCGGAAAAGCCGCCCGAGAAGACGCUCAGCUAUGGCGCGGCCCAAACCCGGAUUAUGGGCAAAGAGGCUAAGGAGGAACACCUGGUCUACUGCGAGGGCCGCCUACACUCGGGUCCGCUGCAAUCGCUCAUCACCCACAUGGUCCCCACCCACGAAUACUAUCCGGAUGACGGCUUCGUUUUCGCUUUUCUCCUCAGCGCCAGACUUUUUGUGCGCCCCCACGAGCUGUUGGCGCAGAUUUCGCAGACUUGGGAACAGCAGCAGCAGCAAAAGGAUGUGGGCGCCGGCGGAGAUGUGGUGGAUGACGCCGGACAGGCGCCUGGCCGAACCAUGCUGCUGAGCAUCAACUCCGCCUCGCCGCUGACCCAAAGGAAGGGUUCCACGGCAGCACAGACCACUGAACUGGAGCCGCGUCCCCAGCAGCGGACAAGCACUCAGCGCUCGGCACAGCAUUGCAUCAGACUGCUGUCGGAAUGGAUCGAGAUCUUUCCGUACGACUUUAGAGAUGAGCGGCUGAUGCAGCAGGUGCGCAUUCUGGCGAGGAAGUGCGUCUACAUCGACAAUUCGCUGGGCAAGCAAGUGUCGCGCAUUCUGCAGCUGCUCGUCUCCCGUCUGACGUCGCUGGAGCAGUACGAGGAAUUCCUGCAGACACUCAGCUCCGAGGAGGCGCAACAGCAGCUGCCCCAACACCACGGCCACCACCAUCACCACUUGCACAAUGCCUUCCAGACCUUUCUGGGCACCUCCUCCUCCUCCUCACAUGCCAACGGAGCCAGUGGCGGCGGGUCGGCCAGCGGCACCUCCAAUUCCUCCUCCAGCGGUCACACAUCCUCUGCCUCCGCAUCCAACUCGAUCUCCACAACUCCCCAGCCGGACGAAGUGUUUGGCAUUAUGGACAUGUGCCCUAGCUGUGCCCACUUGGCCCACCAGCUGACGGCCAUCGAACUGGAACGCUUGUCCCACAUUGGGCCGGAGGAGUUUGUGCAGGCCUUUGCAAAGGAUUAUCAGCAGCAGGCCAAGGAUGGGAGCAAGGAGGGCGGUGGUUCGUUGAACGACAUGAAGAAAACGCGCAACCUGGAGUCGUAUGUGCAGUGGUUCAAUCGACUCAGCUACUUGACGGCCAGCGAGAUUGUCAAGUAUCCUAAAAAAAAGCAGCGUGUGCGCAUCAUCGAGUAUUGGAUUGAGACGGCUCGGGAGUGCUUCAAUAUUGGCAACUUUAAUAGUCUGAUGGCCAUAAUAGCUGGUCUAAAUCUGGCGCCCAUAGGCAGACUCAAAAAGACGUGGGCUAAAGUGCAAUCGGCCAAGUUCUCCGUGCUGGAACAUCAAAUGGAUCCAACAUCGAACUUCAACAGCUAUCGCUCUACGCUCAAAGCUGCAAUGUGGCGCUCAGAGGGCGCUACCGAGGAACGCGAACGCAUAAUCAUUCCAUUCUUUAGUUUAUUUGUUAAGGACUUGUACUUUCUGAACGAGGGAUGUUCCAAUCGGCUGCCGAACAAUCAUAUCAAUUUCGAAAAGUGCUCCCAGCUGGCCAAACAAGUAAUGGAGUUUAACGAGUGGAAGAAAGUAAACUGUCCCUUCGAGAAGCUGCCAAACGUUAUAGCCUAUCUUCAGCACAGCGCCGUGCUCAAUGAGAAUACACUUUCCAUGGCGUCUUUCGAGUGUGAGCCGCCGGAGAACACGGAGGAGAAGGACCGCUACAAGACCGUUAAGGCGGAAACGAAGCAACAACUGUUACAACAGCUGCAGGAGCAGCAACCAUAGUCGCAGUAACCACUAUGUAGAGAGUAGACUAAGCUACGCUUAAGCGCUUGCCAUGAUUAUUUUUUCUACUAGAGCCGUAAGACCGGGGAUAUUUUAGCCUAAGUUGAUGCGAACGAUGAGUACAGAGGGUGACCAAGCCUCAAGCCCUGAU